AUCGAUUUAUGUCAUUUCCUGUAAUAUCGCAACGAGUCGCGAGCGGAGUGUACCACGGCCCUUCUGUCUACUAUUUAUUGAGAAUAUUUGUGAAAAAUGUCGCUGAUCUCCGCUCGUUUGGCCUCCUCGGUGGCCAGGCGUUUGCCUAAUGCCGCCACCCAGGUCUCGAAGGUCGCCGUGCCAGCGGUGGCGGUGGCUUCGCGCAAACUCCAUGUCUCCUGCACACACAGGGCUGCCGAAAUCUCCACAAUCCUGGAGGAGAGAAUCCUUGGUGCCGCACCCAAGGCCGAUUUGGAAGAGACAGGCCGCGUGCUGAGCAUUGGUGACGGUAUCGCCCGUGUGUAUGGCCUCAAGAACAUCCAGGCCGAGGAGAUGGUGGAAUUCUCCUCUGGCCUUAAGGGUAUGGCCCUUAACUUGGAACCCGACAAUGUGGGUGUGGUCGUAUUCGGUAACGACAAACUGAUCAAAGAGGGUGACAUUGUGAAACGUACGGGCGCCAUCGUGGACGUCCCCGUCGGCGAGCAAUUGCUGGGUCGCGUAGUGGACGCGCUGGGUAACGCCAUCGACGGCAAGGGGCCACUCAACACCAAGUCGCGUAUGCGAGUCGGUAUCAAGGCCCCCGGUAUCAUCCCGCGUGUGUCCGUGCGAGAGCCUAUGCAGACCGGUAUCAAGGCCGUAGACUCUCUCGUGCCAAUAGGCCGUGGGCAGCGUGAGCUGAUCAUCGGGGACCGUCAGACCGGCAAGACUGCUCUGGCCAUUGACACCAUCAUCAACCAGCAGCGUUUCAACAAGGGCGAGGACGAGAAGAAGAAGCUGUACUGUAUCUACGUUGCCAUCGGACAGAAGAGGUCCACCGUCGCACAGAUUUUGAAGAGGCUGACUGAUGCUGGUGCCAUCAACUACACCAUCAUCGUGUCCGCUACGGCGUCUGACGCGGCGCCCCUGCAGUACCUCGCGCCCUACUCCGGCUGCGCCAUGGGCGAGUUCUUCCGCGACAACGGCAAGCACGCGCUCAUCAUCUACGACGAUCUGUCCAAGCAGGCCGUUGCCUACCGACAGAUGUCUCUGCUGCUGCGUCGUCCCCCGGGUCGUGAGGCCUACCCCGGUGAUGUGUUCUACCUCCACUCGCGUCUGCUCGAGCGUGCGGCCAAGAUGUCCGACAAGAUGGGCGGUGGCUCUCUGACCGCUCUGCCCGUCAUCGAGACCCAAGCCGGAGACGUGUCUGCUUACAUUCCCACCAACGUGAUCUCCAUCACUGACGGGCAGAUCUUCUUGGAGACGGAGUUGUUCUACAAGGGUAUCCGGCCCGCCAUCAACGUCGGUCUGUCCGUGUCGCGUGUGGGUUCCGCCGCGCAGACCAAGGCUAUGAAGCAGGUGGCCGGUUCCAUGAAACUGGAGUUGGCUCAAUACCGUGAGGUGGCCGCUUUCGCCCAGUUCGGUUCCGACUUGGACGCUGCGACCCAACAGCUGUUGAACCGCGGCAUGCGUCUUACUGAGCUGCUCAAGCAAGGACAGUACGUGCCAAUGGCCAUUGAGGAACAGGUCGCCAUCAUCUACUGUGGUGUACGUGGUCACCUCGACAAAGUGGACCCAACCAAGAUCACAGCAUUCGAGAAGGAGUUCACCCAGCACAUCAAGACCUCCCACCAGGCUCUACUUGCCACCAUCGCUAAGGACGGUCAAAUCACACCAGAGUCUGAUGCCUCGCUGAAGAAAAUCGUCACUGACUUCGUUGCCACGUUCCAAGCGCAGUAAACGCCUAGUUAAUGAUAAACUCGCCUUAAGAUUGUACAAUACAAUUCGUAAUCUAGCAAUUACUUGUACCAUCUUAAGUCUAUCCAUUGAUAUUUAAGUGGCUGCUUACUGAAGCCUUCUAUGACAAUGUUGUAAUUUGCUUCGGUGGGCAAUCUAUUUAGAAGUGUAAUUUGUAUGGACAGUAAUGUGAAUACAAUCAUGUAAUGUAUUUGAUAUGUAUCUUGGAGUCGGCAGUGGUUAUAUUAUAUGAAUAAAACAAUUUA